AUAUUGCUACAUUCAGUGGUGUGCACCUGUUCCACAGAAUAUCGCUUGUAGAAAUAGACAGCAACAAUCGGCGAUAUGCAGAAGUCGCGCGCCGUCGAAUAUCUGAAGUCUCUAACUUUCACUCAUUGAACAGCUUCAAUUUACCUUGCAUCAAAACUGAUCAUCACCUUGCCCUUGCCAGCUUUCGAGACCCAGUUUUUACCACUCAGGCCAAUAUCAGUUGCUAGUUUCAUGAUCAACUUAUGCUUCGCGAAGGCCACGUGCGCCUUAUCAUCUCGUCACCCUUUUCUUGUUUCUUUCUGUUUUGGUUGAGGAGCAGCGCAUCGUUAUGUUCGUCUACUAGUUCUACGCAUGUACCGUUUGUCGCCGCCGUUAGCAAACCCCAAACUUUGUCGCGCUAUACACAACGAGUACGAGCAAGCGGACUGACGGUACAUGCUGCUCACCUCACAGCAUCGCCGGACCCUUUCCUUGCUUUGGGGACUCUCUCCCCACUCAACGGUCUUUAGUCAGUGGCGAUGGUGCCGUCCACAUUGAGGCUGCAAGCUGUCUGUUUCGUUCGAAUACAAACUCUCAUAUCUUCACCACCACGCAGCAGCAGAAAACUCUGAACAGAAGAUACAGAACAGACCGAAGUAUCCGUGCUCUGAGCUGACAAGCUGCACACACCGGUGCUUGUUCCAGCCUGCUAAAGCGAUGCCAUGUGAGCGGCGAAUGUGCAGUAACAUGUAAUGCCCUUCGCUUGACCACUAUCUAUAUGUAUUUGUGUGUAAUAGCAUCUCAUGCAGAGUCGAGCAGAAUAGUCUGUCACAGAACUGUUGUUUCCCACAAAUGGACGAUGAUACAGCUACGCGUUUUUUGUCUUGGACGGAUGCAUUAUUAGAUAUUUCUUUUAACUACUACAGUGCCAGCUUGGCUGCCUGCUGAAGCGCACACAAACGACCAUAGCUGACCAUAGGCACGCAGAAAAAUACUUUACUAGAAGAUCACCCAGGAUGAGUUCAGUUGGUGGGCAGAUUGUAGCUUUGGUGCUGGUUCUCCUAUGGACGACCACGGUGAACGCAGCUAUUCUGAAACCUUCAAUUCAGGACUGUCUCAAGAACCUGCCUCCGUUAGGUUCUCUUUCAUUGGAUAUGAACCAACUUGUGAGCAUGAUACCUGUGGCCGAAGAAAGUUGUCAGUGCGUCGGCCGCGCGGGUGGAGCUAUUACUGAAAUUUUCGCAGAGAUCUUCACCCAAAAACUAGGUCUGGAAUUGCCUGAAUGCUUGAUGAAGGCUGUACGAGAGUCAAAAUCCCGCACCGGAGUUGGAUUCGGUUCAACAUACUCAUUUUUCGAAAAUUUCGUUGCGUCCGUCGUAUCUGAAAUCACGAACGAUCUCCUAUUCGGUCGUGAUGAAACCAUAGGAGCACACGAUAUGGGCUCAUUAUAGAUGCCCUUCAUUCAGACCCAGGUUGUCGGAAUAAUGUUAUCUAAACUUUAGUAAUCGGGCCUGUGCUAAUAUGUGAAAAACAAUUUGAGUAAAAUGCAAACCACUACUUUACUCUUUCGUCUUUUUCUGAGCUACAGUAAGAUGAAGAGCGCCAGAUGCCACGGAGCGAGAAUAGACCGACCGCCAACUGAGUGGCUUUGCUUUCGUCCGUGUUGUACAGUGAAACUCAGGCAGCUAAACAGUGCUAUGUGUAAAUAGUAUAUUUUUAGCCCAUUAUAUGUAUUAUAUAACAA